GCCCAAGUAAACAACAGUUUGGUUGAUAAUAAUGGAGCAUUCCUGUUUGUUCACACUUGCAGUAAGUGUAGGUGGGGUGUAAGAGAAUGUUGGAUCUUUGAGAACUAAAAUUCUCCUUGGAAUUUGUUAUACCACACCAGAGAGACUUUUGCACUGCAUCUUUUUGUGCACCGUUGCUUUAAAUGUAAGUACAUCGAGAGCGUUUCGCGGAGCUGGAAAAUAUGUGUGGACUACUGACAGCGUUAAAAUAAACAUGGCACAUAUAAGCCGCGGUGGAGUACUCACGAAUGUCUUGUACGGACUACAUUUGGCACGGUUCACAUGCGUUCCGCUGCACUCUCAAACGAGGACUUGACUAAAUAUAUAAUUGCCGUUAAACAGCAGCAUGUUGGUUCAUGUAGACACACUUUCAGAGCCAUUGCCUACUUAAACACGUUUAAGACUAACUAACAACCGACAUGAAGCAAGCAGAUAUAGUUAGAGCGAACUUUUCCAAUUAUAAAGGACUUUAAUGACUUGUUGAAAUCAUUAGAAACAUGGAAAAGGGAGACGCUGGGAACGGUACUGGGACACAGAGCGGUGAACUGGAAGCUCGUGGAGACGGAGGACUGGAUGAAGUGCAGAUGCACCUCGCCUGCUUACCGGAGCGAUACAUGAGAGCGAAGUUUUCACUCUCAGCUUACAUAUUUUGUUGGACAGUUGUUAAGUUGUGUCAGAGAUUAAUGUCGUCCUCGGUUCCUCCCCAGGCCCCGGCUAUAGAGGACUCUGGGAAUGAGGCAGGCUGUCUGGAAGAUGGGGAAUCUCAGCAGGAAGAGUGUGGAGAGCAACAGGACCACCAGGAAUGGUGCGAGUCCAUUCCUGAAGCAGCACAGGACACAGCAGAGGAAUAUUUUGACACACACUCAUGGCAUAGUGACAAUUUCUUGGACCUCAGCCAUGAAACUGAGGACUGCUGUAGGACAUCGCUCAGCUCUGAGACCAAAUCUUGCUCUGGGGGUUGUCUGGACUCACAUUCUCCCUUUGUCCAUCUUUCUACUUCUGUCAAAAAGAGAGGCCACUCUGAAUCAGCGAGGCAUCACACUGUCUUUGGCAGUCUCCAUAGGACAGUGUAUGGAGAGCAAUCACAAACUGGAAGUAAGGAGAUAAGGCAAGUAGGAGUUGAUGGUACUGGAUUGUAUGAUGCUAAGGAUGUUCCUGAGUGUGAGGAGGCUUUCAUUAAUUUGCCAGCAGGACCUGGACUUGAUUCUUCCUCACAGAAUGAUCUAUCCAAUAAAGCAACACCCUUUUCGGCAUCAGGGGACUAUGUAGAAUCACAAAAACUCUCUAAACUAAAUACUGAAGAAACAUUAUUGACAUCAACCAACAGUGAUGAAGCUAAGUCUCAGCUUGUUGACACUCGUGAUGGAAAAUCUCAAUGCGAUAAAAUUGGAAAAAAUAUGACAGACACUCAGCCAACACAUAAAGAGCCACAUAUACAAAUUAUGACCCCAAUUGAGAACAAAUUACAUUGUAUUGAUAAUGAUACAAAUAAAACUGAAAUAAAGUUGUUUCCCAAUGCCACAGUUAUAACAAAUUCAGACAGUGAACAUGAGUUAAACACUCAACAGUAUAAUACGAGUUUAAUUGUAUCACGGCUUUCUUCUAUUGAUGCCACUAUAUCGGAAUCAAUUUUUAAGCCUAAUAAAGAACAAGGGGAGUCAACAGAGCACAGCCAAUCACAGUCUUUUGUAGAACACAGUCAAUCACAGGCCUCAAUAGAACAUAUCCAGUUAAAGGCUUUAGUAGAAUACAGUCAAUCACUGUGCUCAAUAGAACAGAGCCAAUCACAUGCCUCAGUAGGAAACAGUCCAUCAUUGUGCUCAAUAGAACACAGUCAAUCACAGGCCUCAAUAGAACACAGCCAUUCACAGGCUUCUGUUGAACAUAGCCAAUUACAGGCUUCAGUAGAACACAGUCAAUCAUUGUGCUCAAUAGAACAGAUUCAAACACAGGCUUUAGUAGAACACAGUCAAUUAUUGUGCUCAAUAGAACACAGCCAAUCACAGGCUUCAGUAGAACACAGUCCAUCACUGUGCUCAAUAGAACACAGUCAAUCACAGGCCUCAAUAGAACACAGCCAAUCACAAGCCUCAGUAGAACACAGCCAAUCACAGGCUUCAGUAGAACACAGUCAAUCACUGUGCUCAAAAGAACACAGCCAUUCAGAGGCCUCAGAAGAAAACAGUCAGUCAAUGUGCUCAACAAAACACAGUCAAUUACAGGCCUCAGAAAGACACAGUCAGUCACUUUGCUUAAUAGAACACAGCCAAUCACUUUCUGAGCUAAACGCUGAAGACACAUUAUUUACAUCAAUGGACAGUGAUAAGGCUAAUUCUCAGCCUGUUGACACUCCUGAUGGAAAAUCUCAAUGCGAUAAAAUUAGAAAAAAUAUGACAGACACCCAACCAACACAUAAAGAGCUGCAUAUACAAAUUAUGACCCCAAAUGAGAAAGUGUUAAAGUGUAUUGAUAAUGAUACAAAUAAAACUAAAAUGCAAUUGAUUUCCAAUGCCAUAGUUAUGGAAAAUUCAGACAGCGAACAUGAAUUAAACACUCAACAGCAUAAGAUAAGUUUAAUUGUUUCAAAGCUUUCCUCUAUAGACGCGGCUGUAUCUGAAUCAUUUGAGAAGCCUAUUGAAGAGACAGAGGAGUCACUAGAGCACAACAAAUCACAGGCCUCAUUUGAACACAGUCAAUCACAGGCCUCAGUAGAACACAGCCAAUUACAGGCUUCACAAGAUAACAGUCAAUCAAUGUGCUUAACAGAACACAGCCAAUCACAGGCCUCAGAAGAACUUAGUCAAUCGCUGUGCUCAAUAGACCACAGCCAAUCACAGGCCUCAGAAGAAAACAGUCAAUCAAUGUGCUCAACAAAACACAGUCAAUCACAGGCCUCAGAAGAUUACAGUCAAUCAUUGUGCUCAAUAGAACACAACCAAUCACAGGCCUCACUGAAACUCAGUGAAUUACAGGCUUCAGUAGGACACAGUCAGCCACUUUGCUCAAUAGAACACAGCCAAUCACAGGCCACAGAAGAACACAGUAAAGCACUGUGUUCAAUAGAACACAGCCAAUCACUGGCCUCAGAAGAACACAGUCAAUCACUGUCCUCAAUAGAACAAAGCCAAUCACAGCCCUCAGAAGAACACAGUCAAUCACUGCGCUUAACAGAACAUAGCCAAUCACAUGCCUCAGAAUAUUGUCCAUCACUGUGCUCAAUAGAACACAGCCAAUCCCAGGCUUCAGAAGAAAACAGUCAGUCAGUAUGCUCAACAAAACAGAGUCAAACACAGGCCUCAGAAGAAGAUAGUCAAUCACUGUGUUCAAUAGACCACAGCCAAUCACAGGCCUCAGAAGAAUACAAUCAGUCGCAGGCCUCAGAAGAAAAUAGUCAAUCACUGUGCUCAAUACAACACAGUCAAUCACAGACCUCAGUAGAAGACAGCAAGUCACGAGCCUCAAUAGUACACAACCAAUCACAGGCCUCAGUAGAACACAUAGAGGCAAUUUCCAUGAACUCUCAUUGGCAUGUUGUAACUGAGUCAGACUCUGUUUUCAUGUCACACUCACUGAGUAGCAACAUUUAUGAAAAUGAACAAUUAAAAAAGGACUACAAGGACGUUUACACUGCCUGUGACGUCAACCAAUCCUUAGAAACAUCUGAAAAGCUGUCAUCAAUGCACAGGGACAAAGAACUCGAUCUGGCCAUAGAAAAGAAUGACAGUCUGAUUUUCGAAAAGGAGGGCUUGAAUGAAACCACAGCUGUUCUUACUGAGUAUUAUGCACCUGGUAGAGGUUCCUCAAAUGUGCCUUAUUCAAUUUUUACUGGAGUGUCGGAUUUAGUGCAUCCAUGUGUAAUCAAUGACCAAACAUCAGUACAGUCAGACUGCACUUAUUUCAGCCACCAAAAUGGCUCAAUAUUACAAAUUGAUACUGAAAAAGAUGAAUACUUAAUGAGCAGAUAUCACAUAGACAAUCAUGUUUUGCAAAACAGUGAGCAAACAUGUUUAGAAGACUAUGAGUCUGAGGCAGAUUUUUGCAAUACCCAUCAGUGCCACCCUAAUAGAAAAAUUCCUUGCAACAAACAGGGUGAAUUCAUCAAAGCACAAGCUUGUGUUAGCACUAAAAGUGCCGAUAAUGAAGAUGACACUGAUGAUGUUUUAGAAGAAACAAAUAACAACAUGCAACGUCAUAUUGUUAUAGAGUGUUCAAAAGAAUGUAUGAUAGUUCCCUCGGUUGAGCAGUCAGUAAUUUACUCUGAUAAUUUGGGAUGCAUGGAAUAUACCAAGCACAAGUCAAUGAGAGUUUCAGCAGUUGAUGGGUGUCCAAGUAGUCCUGUAGACAGUCCUGUCAAGUCUCUGGACGGUCUGUCUGAGAUUUUGUCUGACAAAUCUCCAGUCAACCCCACAGACAUUUGCUUGGAGCUCAGUAACGACCUUCAUAUGAAUUGUAAACAAGUAGAACAUUGCAUUGUAGAUGUUAUGUCUGACACAUAUGAAGAGUUUACAGAAACCUCUAAACAGUUUCAUCAACCCGGCAACUUGUUUAAUAAACAAACAAUGCAAAAUAAAUCGAUCAAGUUUGAAACGUUUGAGCCUGCCAGUAUAUCAAAGCUUAAUAUUGAUAUUUUGUCUAAUGCACAGUCAAAUCAGUCCACAAACACACAAUCCCCCUUUGAUUAUUCCCAGCUGAACAUUAGAAAUGAGGCUUUGGGUACAACAGGAGAAUACAACUCAGACACAAAUAACAACAUUAAGACCAUUACUUUAGAAGAGAGUGCCUCAGGUCUACAACACUCUUCACCUAGUUCUUUGAUAAAAUACAAUACGUUUACUAACAAUACUAGAUUUUUAGUCUCAGAAGGGGUUGAUCACUUUAAAGAGAAUGCCCCUCCUCUUUUAAACAGCUCAGCUACCCCCUUAAAAGCACCUGAAAUAAAGACUGCAAUGGACUGUAAAGAUAAUGUUGCAAAACCACCUGACCUUAGCACAUGUAUCAGCCACAAAGAUGUUACACAAAAGCAGCUCUGUGAUUGCUGUGGUGGGAAGGAGUGCCAGUGCUUGUCUGCAGUGGAGGGAGAACAGACAGCCGGAUCAUUUCAGUUUAAGGACACAGACAGCAUCAGGCAGAGUAGCACUGCAGUGUUACAAACCUCGAGUCCCUUGCACACAGAUGACCAACAUAACACACAUGGAAUUUUUCAUGCAGACUCUGCAAACUGUGAAUUUUCACAUGUUUUCCAUUUGCAUGCACACAUCCAGGAGGCAAGUAUGUUACCAUUGAGCAGUUCUACGCUCAAGGUCAAUGACACUCAUACAUCAGAAAACACAGAAAGAAGGCUUGAAACUUCUUUCAAAACAAGCUCUCCUGAAAGAACUGGCUCAUUAUGUGAACCGUCUGAUUGCAGCAAUUCUCUUUGUACACAGUCUUUGCAGCUUUCAAAGAACUCUGCGACAGAGAGCACAUUUGUUGAAGGCUGUCCCAUGUUUCCCAUCACUAAUUUAGAGGCCAUUUUGGAGUCUGACAGUUCAAUGGAGAGCUCAUUCGUGAUGGAAAAUGGAUUGGAGGAACAACAGAGAGGAAGUCCAUUAUCAGAAGGUGGAUUCAAUGAGGAAUGGAGCUCCUGUGAUGACAUUACAAACCGCACCGUUCCUCACAGUCCAUUUGAAAGCAACAUUUCUGCCAUACGUACAAAUGCAAGGGAGAUGAAUGCCAGUGUGGCCACUGUUCAAGAAGUAAUUACUGUUAUGAAUCAACCAGAUGCUGAAGAGACAUUGACACCUCAGUUAAAUGGGGUUGAUAACUGUGAUGGCCAUAGUUUGUCCAGUAUUGUGUCACAAGAUCUCGAUUCCAGUACCAACAGCGAGGAGACGGAGGACAGCAGUCAAUCACCCUCUAGCCUCCUCGGUUUUGCGAGAGUUAAGAGAAACCAGUCAGGGAAGGGCUCUAUGUUUUCUGUUUUCUCUAGAAUGCCCUCGUUUCGCAAAACUAAACGAGAACACAAGGGCAAUAACAAGGUAGAUCCAGAAGUCAAGGACUUUACUGAGGAAGGAGAGGGGCAGGAGGAAGUGACAUAUACUAAGACACCCAUAUGUAACAAGGAACACCCUUCUCUCUACAAGAGCCUGAUGUCUCAGAGUACAGAUCAUCUUACAGACAUUAUGAAGGAUGAUGACCACUCCAAUGAUGAUAUUUUUGAACAGGCCGAUGCCCUGAAUUUGCGGAUCAGAGAGAAAUACACACAAUCCCAAAAUUCUUAUUACUCCAGUAAUGUCCAACAUCAGCAUAAAGAUGUUGACGCACUGAAUUUUACAGCUUCCUCAAUGACAGAGGGAUUACAGCAAAGGAAAAGCAAGAGUACUGAUAACAUAAAUUUACGCAUGAAGCUUGCAAUGGCUCAUAGGUCUCUGUCAAGCCUGUUUGAGUCCAGAUAUCCUGAGAAGGAAAACCAGGAGCAGAUCCUGCACUCCGAGAAAGAGGAAGGGAAAACCAAGCAGCCCUUGAAGAAGAUGAAACGUUCUAAGGAAGCAGAAAUUUACAAAAGAACACUAUCUAUUCCUGGGACAAUUUGUGACAAGUCCACACACCAGAGCCAAAGUGUCUGUGCCUACUGUGCUCCUCAGAGCAGGUCUAGGCUUCACAGCUCACCUGGUUCCCAACUAUGCUUGAGGAACAUGUGCCAUUCUGACCCAAUGAGCUUGAAAACUGCUCCUCGGGACCAGUUAGGAGAUACACUGGAGAAAAAGUGUCUGGAAGGAGGCGAGCUACUUAGUGCAGCUUCCUCUGACUCUGACCAGGCGUCGGUAGAAAGCUUUGAGGCUGUUCGCAAUGUGGAUGAUAGUUCACAGUCUUCUGUACACCCCACCGUUCUUGCUCUUGCAAAUCAGAUGUCACCCUCCUUGGGGAGGUCUCUGAGCUGUUUCGAAGCCUCUGAUACUCCGACGAGGCCCAUGAGCCCCAAACCCAACAGUCCAGGGUUGUGGGGACAGAGGAGGAGCUUCCGUUAUUCCUCGCGAUCUGUGGCAUCUUCUCUCUGCUCGCUCAGCCAGGUAAUGAGCGUUGAGGGUCUCUCUGACCCGCCUCAAAGGCCGAAGUCUCUGAAACCAAGGACAGCACAACUUACCACAGCCCACUCCUUUGAUUCUGAAUACUUACUAGAGGACAGCAGUUCAGACAGCCAGUCUCAGACCAGCCUGAUAUCAGGAUCGCAGAUCAACAAACCAGAGCAUGUACAGCACAGUGUUGAGCCAGCCGCCCAGUCAUCAGAGAGAAGACAACAAGGACAUGGAUGUGUGCUUCGGAUGAAGAACAGAGAGCAGGGUAGAACUGCACCCAGACCCAUCUCAGACAUCUACAGCUGGGUGGGGCCUCUCCAGGGCAUCAGAGAGGUGGCACUUGACCAAGAGAGGAAGAGAAAUUCCACAAAAGAACUUUGUUGCUCAUGUUCAUAUGAAAUGUUGGCUGAUGCAGAGAACAUCUAUAAAAAGAACCUUAGCGUACAGAGAAGUUUGCGGCAGCUUAGCACUCCAACAUCUGAGAUUCAUGAGAAAGUGUGCACUAGACUCUCUCUUACGUCUCCUGAGCAGUUCCCUUCCAUCUCUUUGAAAGACCACUUAUUCUCCCAGAGCACACCUAUAGGCCUCGACUGCUUGGGCUGGCCCCACCGUGUGUCGUUUUCAGAAUCUAAUCUAACCACACCAUUACAAGAGGCACAUGGACCGACCGCACCUUUGGCAUUGGUGAUAACUGAUGGACCACAGGAUAAGUCUGGCCUUGCUGAUGAUAUAGGAAGUGAAGAUGAGCUGUACAAUGAGUUUCGCAGCUCCUCAAACCGUUUUGGACACCCAGGAGGAGGAGGAGAGCAGCUGGCCAUAAAUGAGCUGAUCAGUGAUGGCAGUGUGUGUGCGGAGGCUCUAUGGGACCACGUCACCAUGGAUGACCAGGAGCUGGGCUUCAAGGCUGGGGAUGUCAUCGAAGUAGUGGAUGCCACAAACAAGGAGUGGUGGUGGGGCCGAGUGCUGGACAGUGAGGGUUGGUUCCCCGCCAGCUUUGUUCGGUUACGGGUGAACCAGGAUGAGCCCAUGGAUGAGUACUUUGCCCAUCUGGACGGGGAUUCAGAGGGGGGUAGUGCCAGCACGGUGUGCUCCCUAGGACCCGGUCUGCCCUGCAAGGAGCAAAUGAGAGCCAACGUCAUCAAUGAGAUCAUGAGCACAGAGAGGGAUUACAUCAAACACUUGAAGGACAUCUGUGAGGGCUACAUAAAACAGUGUCGGAAAAGGACAGACAUGUUUACCGAGGAGCAACUGCGCACUAUCUUUGGCAACAUUGAUGAGCUCUACCGAUUCCAGAAGAAGUUCCUGAAAGCUUUGGAGAAGAAAUUUAACAAAGACCAUCCUCACCUCAGUGAGAUUGGCUCAUGCUUCUUAGAGCAUCAAACAAACUUCCAGAUAUACUCAGAGUAUUGCAACAACCACCCCAAUGCCUGCGUGCAGCUCUCCAAACUGAUGAAGAUCAAGAAGUAUGUGUUCUUCUUUGAGGCUUGUCGCUUGCUCCAGAAGAUGAUUGACAUUUCACUAGAUGGAUUCCUGCUUACUCCUGUUCAGAAGAUUUGCAAGUACCCUCUACAGCUGGCUGAACUGCUGAAGUAUACCAACCCACAGCACAGAGAUUAUAAGGAUGUGGAGGCUGCCUUAAACGCAAUGAAGAAUGUGGCCAGACUGAUCAAUGAGAGAAAGAGGCGUCUGGAGAACAUUGACAAAAUUGCUCAGUGGCAGAGCUCCAUAGAGGACUGGGAGGGUGAAGACAUCUUGAGCAGGAGCUCCGACCUUAUUUUCUCUGGAGACCUGACCAAGAUCUCCCAGCCACAGGCCAAAGGCCAGCAGCGAAUGUUCUUCCUCUUUGACCACCAGUUGGUUUUCUGUAAAAAGGAUCUGCUUCGGAGAGAUAUCCUGUACUACAAGGGUCGGUUAGACAUGGAUCAAAUGCAAGUGGUGGAUGUAGAGGAUGGGAAGGAUAAGGACUUUAACGUGAGUGUGAAGAAUGCCUUGAAACUCUGUUCUCCUGGUGGAGAGGAGGUCCAUCUUCUAUGUGCCAAGAAACCCGAGCAGAAGCAGCGCUGGCUGCGAGCCUUUGCAGAUGAACGGGAACAGGUUCAGCAUGACCUCGAAACAGGUUUUACAAUUACAGAAGUCCAAAAGAAGCAGGCCAUGCUGAACGCAUCUAAAAGUCACCCAACAGGGAAGCCCAAAGCUGUGACCAGGCCCUACUAUGACUUCCUGCUGCGUCAGAAGCAUCCCACGCUUCCCACCUCUUUGCCCCAGCAGCAGGUCAUCAUGUUGGCUGAACCCAAACGCAAGACCUCCAAUUUCUGGCACAACAUUGGACGCUUGACACCGUUCAAAAAAUGAGGGACUGCAUAGACUUAAGGUUGUGCCUGAACUUGUGUUUCUAUCCCAGUGUACAUUUUUACUGUCCAAUUGCGAAAGCACUUUAUGGGUUGGUUACAAUCACAGCGUCACUCCCAAACAUUGUUGAACAUUGUGGGAGGGCAUUCCUGCUAUGUUAUUAACAAACGAUGGCUACUACUGCUCAUCCGCUCCAGCUGCAACUCCACUUUCCAGCACUAACACGACUACUGCUGCAUCAUAUGGACAUGCUUCUUUAUUGAAAGAGCCCUUCUUGAAGAGAUGACUUCUUUAUAUGUUGGUUAAUUUAUUAUCAAAUUUUCAAUGUAUGCCAGCUAUCCACAGUGCCCAACUACUAGCUUUUGUAUGUAAUUUGAUACUUUUGUGUGGCCCAUGAUGAUGUUUAAAGUUUAAAAGGGUUUCGCUCAAUAUAUAAGGAGACUGUGUUGAGAUUUAUUACUGUAUAAAGUUCCUCUAGGCUGUCAUAAGAAGUCAGUUGAUAUCACGUCAGUCUGUGUAUGCAACUUAUCCGAACUUUCUCAUCUCUAAAUUAUACUUACACAAAUGAGUUUCAUGUAUGCGCUCAUUUGAUUCUGCUGCCUAUUAACUCCUGUGUAACGACCUUCUCUUUGAAGUGCCAUUCGAAACGUAACCCAGAUAUUAUGAUGGGGGUUGCAUGAAUUUGCUGUGAAACUCGACCCAAAUAAUAUUCUGUCAUUCUUAUAGAUAAUUGUACUAUUAAAUUAAGAGUAUGUUUGACAUCUGUGUUAAAUAUGUAUGGUUAUCUUUGAGCACAAACAAAGUGUUUAUAAAAAGCA